AUGAGUUAAGAAAAUAAAGAAGAAAUAAUUAAUCAUAUAUUAAAAGCCACAACAUUUUGUUCAAAGAAGUGUGAAACACUAAAAGUUGAUUAAUUUAAAGGAAAAGAGACAGAAUGCUUAAGUAUUAUGUUAUAAUAAUUAAUCUAGUUUAAUGUGGUUAUGGUUUUGCAGCUUCAAUUCAUUAUUAAGGAUAAUUCAUGAAGUAUUUAAUGGAGCAAACUGAAGGGAUGGAUGAAUGA